AUGACUCGAGUAACACGUCGAGUGCUGCAGAUGAGUGACCGCGAACUGGACGCUGUGAUAGCUGUCGCUAUGCCCGGACGCAAAGUGGAAGGAAUGCGAAGGGAUGAGCGGCAGGAAAUAUGCAUGAAAUGGUCGGCUGUUGUUACUAGAAUGGUGCUAUUCGCCAACGGUCUUUCUAUUAAUCAUUUGUUCACAAUCGACGUUGAAGAUGAUGACAUCUACGUGCUGAUGAGCAACAAGUCGUCCUGCUGCUGUUGUCCAAAAGGUACUUAG